AUGCCUUCUCCUUCUCCAAAUCGAAGGCGCGGCAGAAGCAGCGGAACGACUCCUAACGCUGAUUUUUCGGCGGCGGCGGAUUCAGCAGCGGUAGAAAUUGAAGAAGAAGGAAAGAAAACGACGCGAAAGAGAAAAGAAAUGUCACCACCAAUUCCAGAAUCAUCAUCAUCGCCAACGAACACCAACAACAAGAAUAAGAAACGCGUGAAAGGAAGAGGCAAAGCGAGAGGAGGACUGCGGUCGGACGGCGGAGAAAGUCCAGAAGAGAGAAAUGACGAUGAAGAAGAAGAAAAAGAAAAAGAACCAACAACGACAACAACGGCAGCAAAGAAUACUAACACUAACAACAAAGACGACUUGAUAAUACAGCAGAGGAAACGAAAGCUUCAAGAGUGGCGAGAAGCGCAGGAGAAGAAGAAGAAAAUGAACGAGAUUAAAGCGGCGGCUUUGCAAGCGGUGGUUGGGAAGAAGAGGUUUGAACGGAAAACGGUGAUGAUGGACGAUGAUGGGAUGUUUGACGACGAGGACGAGGACGAAGACGCGAACGCGGCGAUGAGGAAAAGGAAACCGCCGAAUUUUCUCAACGACGAUGAAGACAACGAGGAUGAUAACAACAAAAACACCAAGAAAGAUGCCGACGAAGACGACGAAGAUGAUCCUCUGGAAGCGUUUAUGAAUUUGAACGACGAAGCGAUGAACGAGGAGAGAGCGAAAGCGGAGGAGAAAGCGAAACAGUUAGCCGAGGAGGAAGACGAAGCGUCAAAGUUGAAGAAAGGGAAAGAAGAGGAAGAAAAAGCGUUAGAGGCGGAGUUUAUGAGAGCAGCGAAGAGAGCGGCGAGAGUUCUCGUCGAGAAGGACGGAGAUGCCAUGGAUGUCGAUGAUAACGGCAAGAAGAAGAAGGAAGGAAAUACCGUCGUCCAGCUACAAAAGAAGAAAUCCAUCGUCGACGUGAAAACGAGAGCGCCGGCGUCUGAACAAGCCAUCAAAAACGCGAAAAGUAAAAUCAAAGUGAAGGCGGAAUACAUCGUCCGAGGAUUCUUCGACGAAGAUUCGGAAGGUGAACCCGACGAGGACGAGGACGCGAAGAAGAAGAAGAAGACGACGACGACGAAGAAGACGACUGACGCGGGUGGUGUAGACAAUAAUGGAGAAGGAGCAACUGCGACGACAACUGACGGAGGUGGCAAAGACGAGGACGAUAAAGAAGAACUCGCCAUGUACGAAAGCGAUUCUGACGACGAGUGGGCGGCCAAGCAAAAAGCAAAGUUAUCCAAAGCAGAUAAACUCGGAGCAGUGGUGCACUCGGACAUUGACUACCCUCCGUUUCGGAAAAAUUUCUACAUCGAAGCAUACGAAAUGUCUAAAAUGACAAAAGAAGAAGUCAAAGAGCUUCGAACGAAACUCGACGGGAUAUCGUGUCGCGGUAAAAAAGUACCAAAACCGAUUAAAUCGUGGAAUCAAGCUGGGUUGUCGAAUAAAAUCAUGGAACUCAUUCGGCGUUCGGGUUUCGAGAACCCCAUGCCGAUUCAAGCGCAAGCUUUACCGAUCAUCAUGAGCGGUCGCGAUUGCAUCGCCGUCGCUAAAACUGGCUCUGGUAAGACACUAGCUUACAUACUACCGAUGUUACGACACAUUAAAGAUCAACCGGAGAUUAAAAACGGUGACGGUCCGAUUGCGAUGAUUGUCGGACCGACGAGAGAAUUGGUGACGCAAAUCGGUAAAGAGUGUAGAAAGUUUGGUAAAACGGUUGGUGUUCGAUGCGUGUCCGUGUAUGGUGGAUCUGGUGUUCAAUCACAAAUCACCGAUUUGAAGCGUGGGUGCGAAGCAGUCGCGUGUACGCCCGGAAGAAUGAUUGAUAUUCUCACGACCGGGGCUGGAAAAAUCACAAAUUUACGACGCAUCACUUACUUCGUUUUGGACGAAGCCGAUAGAAUGUUUGAUAUGGGAUUUGAACCGCAAAUAACGAGAAUAUUAGCAAACACGCGCCCGGAUCGUCAAACGGUUAUGUUUUCCGCGACGUUUCCGCGCGCGAUGGAGAAUAUCGCUCGAGCGGCGCUGGAAAAUCCAAUCGAGAUUCAAGUAGGGGGCCGUUCGGUGGUGAAUUCCGAUAUCACGCAGCUCGUCGAAUUAAGGGAAGAAGAAGAUCGAUUCAUUCGCAUGCUGGAAUUGUUAGGGGAGUAUUACGAACAAGGAAAAGUGAUCAUCUUCGUAGCUUCGCAAGAUAAGUGCGAUACGAUAUUCCGAGAUUUGUUAAAGUCUGGUUAUCCGUGUCUCUCCUUGCACGGCGGGAAAGAGCAAGCCGAUCGGGAAUGUACGAUUGUUGAUUUUAAAACGGACGUAUGUAACGUCUUAGUCGCUACUUCAGUCGCAGCGAGAGGUUUGGACGUUAAAGAUGUAAAGCUCGUCAUAAAUUUCGAUUGCCCGAACCACUUGGAGGAUUACGUUCACCGAGUCGGGCGAACGGGAAGAGCAGGAGAGAAAGGUACCGCAGUGACGUUCAUUUCACGAGACGAGGAACGUUUCGCGCCAGAUCUCGUGAAAGCUAUGCGUGAAGCAAAGCAACCAGUGCCACAAGAUGUAUUAGCGCUCGCAGAAGCGUUCGGGAAUAAACGAAAGAAUAACGAAGUUAUGGCAAACGGUUCCGGUUUCGGUGGGUCUGGAUUUAAAUUUGAUCAAUCCGAAGCCGACGCGUUGAAGAAGGAAAAACGCCAAGCUGCGAAAGCCGCUGGUUUAAUCGUCGAAGAUGAUAACGACGACGACGACGAGAACAUGGAUAAUAACGACGAUGAUGACGGCGGAGGUGACAUGAAGUGGGGUGCCGCCGGGUUAUCGUCGGUUUCAGCAAUCGAAGGCGCGAACCCAAAUUCCGCUGGAGGUUCAAUGGCGCCUGGACAAGCCAAAGCGUCCACGGCAGUCGCGUUGGCGUCGCAAUUCGGCGCAACGCCGGCACAAGUAGCGCAAGCGGCAGCAAAUGCAGUCUUCAAAGAAAUGUCCAAGAAAGGAGGCUUGAAUGCUCCGACGUCUGCAGCAGACGCCGAAGCGCAGAAAGCGAGUGCGCUCAUCGCUGCAGCCAAAGCUGCGGCUGGAAAAAUUGCCUCGUCCUUGGGUAAAGGUAAAACGUCUUCGUCGAAUCAUAAUCCUCCCACGAACGACACGACUGUACUCAGAGAUCAAGCGGCAAAAGCAGGACACGUUGCCAAUUCCGCCGCUGCGUUUAUGUCGUCUUCUGCCGCUCAAAAUGCAAUCAUGCUCGCGCAAAAUACAGCUUUGGCGCAUGGCGCUUCAGCCGGUGCAGCCAAGGCUGCUGCUUUUGCGGCAGCUUUGAACGCGCAGCAUAAGAUGUCCACGGGCGGAAUGACUAAAGCUGCAGGCCAGAGUCACUUCGAAUCUGAGCUCGAGAUUAACGAUUUCCCGCAAUACGCCAGGUGGAAAGUUACGCAUAAAGAUCAACUCCAACAGAUCAACGAUUUCACCGGCGCAGUGGUGACCGUCAAGGGCACGUACUAUCCUCCUGGAAGAGCGAUUCCAAUGGGUGAACGAAGAUUGUUUUUACUGAUUGAAGGUCCAACCGAGAGAUGCGUGACCGCGGCAAAGAAUCACGUGAAGAAACAAAUAGAAGAGGUGGUAUCAAAACAGGCUUUACCCGGCGGAGCUGGGGCGGGUCGGUACAAGUUGUGA